AUGCAGCUUGCAAAGCUAGCAGCUCUCGCCGCUUUCUCAACCGCCCAUGGCACCUUCGCCACCUCCAGCCUGAUUCCCUACUCCAACUCUAGCUGCAAAAAUCCCAUCAACGCCUCCUACAACGACAACCCGCACAAGAACGGCGACUACGGGUACUUCGACCCCGGCGAGGGCAUCAGCUCCUGGUCGGACCCCUACUGGUUCAUGGACACUGACUUCCCAGGAGCCCAAACUCCCUCAGGCAGCUCCGCUUACAACGUCUGGUGGAAGAAUGGUCAGGAUCUGGACCCGAGCUGCCGCCUCGCGCUGUUGACGGAGUAUUCGCAGAUGACGUAUGGGAGGCUGGGAGAUGAUCCGAUUUAG